AUGAAAGAAAAUUUUAACGUUAGUAAAUUAAAGAAUGGUUUAACGAUUUUAACAUAUAAUAUGCCUUAUGUUAAUUCGGUAGAAAUAAAUUUGAUAGCCAAAGUUGGUAGCCGUUAUGAAAAUCCGGAAGAAGAAGGAAUAUCACAUUUCCUUGAACAUAUGGCUUUUAAAGGUACUAAAACCAGAACAGCAAAGCAAAUAGCUGAAGAGUUUGAUUCUAUAGGCGGACAUUUUAAUGCUUAUACCGGUCAUGAAAAGACAGUAUAUUAUUCAAGAGUGUUAUUUAAAAAUUGUAAUAAAGCACUAGCAAUAAUUGCUGAUAUAGUACAAAAUUCUGCUUUUGCUGAAAAAGAGAUAGCAAAGGAGUAUCAGGUAAUUUUGCAAGAAAUAGCACAUGCUCAAGAUAAUCCUGAUGAUUUAGUAUAUGAAAAGUUUUAUAAUAGUGUGUUUAAAGAUCAGCCGCUUGAUAAACCGAUACUUGGAACAAGCAAAACCUUUGAGACUUUUAAUAAGGAUCAUUUCUUAAACUUUACAGGUAAACAUUAUAAUGCUGAGAACUUUUAUUUAUCGAUUGCAGGUAAUGUUGACCAUGAAGAAAUAGUAAAAGAAGCAGAACUUUUAUUUUCUUCUUUAACACAAGGAAAGAAAAGUAAUUUUUCACCUGCAAAAUAUAUAGGCGGUCAUAGCUUUAUAAAUAAAGAUUUAGAACAAACUACUUUAAUAUUAGGAUUUGAAGGAACAUCUUACAUUAAUUUAGAAAGGCUUUACCAAACUCAGCUACUUGCUAUAAUAUUUGGCGGUGGGAUGUCUUCAAGAUUAUUCCAACAUAUUCGUGAAAAAUUAGGACUUGCAUAUGCUGUAGGGAGUUAUAAUAGUCCCUAUUUUGAUAGCGGAGUAUUUACUAUUUAUGCAAGUACACCUCAUGAUAAAUUAGAGCUAUUAGCCGCAGAGCUGAAGAAUGAAAUAAAGAGAAUGACAGAGCAAGUAAAACAAGAAGAGAUCGAAAGAGCUAGAACACAAAUCCACAGUAAUUUACAAAUGGCUCAGGAAAAAGUAGCUUAUAAAUCAGAAGAGAUAGGCAAAAAUUAUGCUGUUUUCGGUAAAUAUCUCUCCUGA